UUCUUUUACCUGCGACGUCUUCAGAUCUCAGAUCGAUAAAAUUGAAUAUAUCCGAUGAUCAAAUCCGACGAAAUUGACCAAUUCUGACGAGUACUCCGGCGAGAUUCGACGAUGUUAGAGAGUUCUAUGCAACUUUUGACGACAUUGACAAGUUCCUGGCUAGUUCUCCGACGAGAAUUGACGAGGACUACAGCCUCAAACGAUUUUCCGAAUCUAUCACCGUCGUCGAUCAAUCCGUUCAUGAGCUAUUCCGUUUAGUAUCAGAUUCUGUUCUCCGCCACGACAGGUUUCUCUCGCUGGAGGUAUCGUUUCCGAUCUGAUCGGUGACUGUGAGAUCGCAAUCGCAAUUGAGUACGCCUCUCAUUUCAGGUAACGGCAGCGGCACCACAUCCCCGGACGCUACAAUGGGAAUUGAUUUGAUCGCAGGAGGUAAGAGUAAGAAGAGCAAAAGGAAAGCUCCUAAGUCGGACGAUGUCUACCUCAAGCUUACCGUCAAGCUUUACAGGUUUCUGGUAAGGAGAACACAGAGCAAGUUCAAUGCAGUGAUCUUGAAGAGGCUUUUCAUGAGCAAAGUCAACAAGGCUCCUCUUUCUCUUUCCAGGCUCGUCGAGUUUAUGACCGGCAAAGUUCCAUUUUUUCAUGAAGAUAAGAUUGCUGUCUUGGUUGGAACCAUAACCGAUGAUCUGAGGGUACACGAGAUCCCAGCUAUCAAAGUUACUGCCUUGAGGUUCACUGAGAGAGCCAGAGCUCGCAUUGAGAAAGCUGGUGGUGAAUGCUUAACCUUUUACCAGCUUGCUAUCAGAGCUCCUUUGGGACAGAACACUGUUCUUCUUAGGGGACCUGAGAACUCACAUGAGGCAGUGAAGCAUUUCGGCCCUGCUCCUGGUGUGCCACACAGUCACUCCAAGCCGUAUGUUCGGUCCAAGGGAAGGAAGUUUGAGAAGGCCAGAGGAAAGAGGAAGAGCUGUGGUUUCAAGCACUUUCAAGAACAAGAAUGUUAUUUGAGAGGCAACGCAACAGCCAAGAACCCUAGAAGCUUUUGUUGUUGUCCUGAAGCUUGGUGAAGAAGUCACUGAUGUGCGCAGUGACCUCUUGAGUUUCUCUUGGUUAACGAAGUGACCAGCAUCUUCAAUUACAACAACCUCUAGAAGAUGUAGAACAUCUGCAGCAAAUUCACCACCGUCAAAGUACUCUUUAACCCUGAAAUAAAUGUAUACAUCUGCAAUAAAUAAAUGUAUAAACUCUUUUUUUUUUACAUCAAAUGUAUAAACUCUUAUAAAUAACUUAUAAGUUCUUGUAAAUAGUUUUAUAAACC